UGGUAAGGUGAACGCGCAGGGCUUCGGUCACAGUAUGGUCGGCGCUAUCCAACAUGGUCUCAGAGCAUUUAGUAUUAUUCUGUACGUAAUUUGACCACUCUAGUUAGUAUGAUAUGUAUUCAUUUGUGGCUGUCCAAUCACCCAUUUCAUUUCAUGUUACAAAUUACAAUUCGUAUUAUAUGUUAUGAAUUUGCAAAACGUACAAUAUAAUACAUUUGCAAAACGUGUUAUAUGUUACGAAUUUGCAAAAGUGCAAUGUUAUGUUAGCUAGGCUAGGGUUAAAGGUUAGCUAAAAUGGUCAAGGUUAAGGGAAGGGUUAGCUAACAUGCAAAGUAGUUGCAAUGUAGCUAAAAAGUAUUAGGUAGUUAAAAAGUUGCUAAAAUGCUAAAGAUGUCCAUGAUGAGAGUUGAACACACAAUAUUUGGGUUGCCAGACGUUCACUUUUUAUGCCAACCCAUUCCCCAAGACCAACCAUUGAAGUUGAAAUUUAAAAUGGUUACGGCAGUGUUUACCAAACUCGGUCCUGGGGACCCUAGGGGGUGCACGUUUUGAUAAAUUGAUUAUUUGAAUCAGCUGUGUAGUGCUAUGGCAACAACAACAAAAGAGUGCACCCCUUGGGGUCCCCAGGACCGAGUUUGGGAAACGCUGGGUAAGGGUAGAGGGGGUUAGGGCUUAAGGGCAGGGACGUCCCAAGGACCCCGGUUGGCACUGUCCAUCAUAGUGUGCAUUUUGUACCUGUUUACGUCAAUGGUUAUAGUUCAAUGUUCAUACUUGAGAUUAGCAAGGUAUUAAACUGUAAUGGCCAAGUAUAGUGAUAUGUUGUAAACUUUCUACUCACGUAUUUAGUAAUGAAUUAUCCUAUGCUAUACGUUUAUCUGUAGGCCUAUUCCUCCUGUUAUCCGUACUCCUGCGUUCUCUUUUCAUUCUUGGUCUAGGACAUUAUUACAAGGAAGUUUUCUCAUGUUGGUGAGCACAGAGCAAGGUGGCGGCUGAUGGAUACAUUUGUGAGUCAAACCAGGAAGCGCUAUAUUGAUGGGACAACAGAUGAACAGAGAGAACCUGUGUUGAAAAAAUGUAAAGAGGAAGAAUGCAAUCAGGGGAUUGUAAAGGAGGAUGCCGAUUUGACUGAGUUCUCUCAGUCUUGGCAGAAGAUUGAAGCAGAGGGACUGGACUGUGACUAUGCUCUACUCUUUCCUAAAGAGGAAGCAGACUGCCUCUACACACAGCUGGAGGAGGAGGUAGUCUACCUCACAGGAGAUAAAACAAAGAUUCAGGUGUUUGGGAAGGUUUACAAUGUCCCCAGAAAGCAGGCGACUUGUGGGGACGCAGGACUAACCUACACCUAUUCUGGAGUGAGUCUUCAGGCUAGCCCGUGGACUCCAACCUUGGAGUACAUUCGUGAUGCUGUUACAAAGGCAACAGGGCAAACAUUCAACUUCGUCCUGAUUAACAGGUACAAAGAUGGACAUGAUCACAUGGGUGAGCACCGUGAUGAUGAGCGGGAACUGGAUCCCCUCUGUCCCAUCGCCUCCGUAUCCCUGGGGGCGGUCCGGGACUUUGUUUUCAGACACCGGGAGUCACGGGGAAAACAGCGCCGACGGCAGAUCAACCCGGUGAAGCUUGAACUGGCCCACGGAAGCCUGCUCCUCAUGAACUCUCCCACAAACACCCACUGGUACCACAGCCUGCCAGCCCGCAAGAGGGUCCUCACACCCCGCAUCAACCUUACCUUCAGACGCAUCCUCCAAGACGGCAAGAAAUGAGGGUCAGACAUGUUCCGUUGGGAGUCUCACUUCAUUGUGGCUGACGUCAGGGGACGUACUGUCCCCACUGCAAUAUUGAUUCAACUAGUUUCUGAAUUUGUUCAUGGUCCAAUUCAUAAAAAUCAGUCGUGGUAACUCUUUACUUAUAGAUUUUUUAUUUUCAUAAUUGUAUCUUUGAAAAAUAUCAACUUCUUGACAGAUCUCACACACACAAAUCUUCAAAAUAUACAUUAGUGCAAAUUGAUCAGAAAAUGGGUUAGAGGGUUAUUUAGAGGUUGCAUCCUAAAUCAAUACUUGGAGGAGAGUGAGUAAAUGGCAGUAUUUAUAACUGGUAUGCUUGUUGAGCAAUACACACAGAUUGUGUAGUUGUACACACUGCCACCACAACUUUAAACACUUUGGCAAAUCAGACAAUAUUUGGGGUAAAUUUGUUACAUUGCUAUCAAUUCCAAUUCCGCUGCUCUAUAAAAGAGUUGUAAAACUAUCAUGUUGCUUCAAUAUCAUUUAGGAACAAAAAUAGCAAUAUACACAUUAGCUUGAUACAAUGAGAUCUUGUGCAACAACUGCAGAAAUUAUUCUACAUGAAAGUAAAUGGUCUGCAGGCAUGUGGAGCUAGACUACAAUCCAAACCACCUGCACGUUAUUACAGUAUUCUGAAUUUGUUACACACAUAGAAAAACGUAAUAUACAGCAGCUUAUAUACAAUGUCAAUUGAAACAUUGCAUUAUUUUAAUUAAACCUACAUUAAGAUA